UGCCCGCACUUGUGAAAGUGCAGCAAGGAAGACGAGGCCGGUGCAGAGCAGGGCAGGGCCUGGGGUCCUUGCAGCCCAGGGGCUGGUCCUCUCCCCUCCCCCGGGAUGUGCUCUCUGCAGCCCCCUGCUCGGCCCUUUCUUGCUCUGCUGCUUCUGGUUUCCAUCAAACAAAUUUCAGGAUCUCUCCUUCAGGAGACAACUCGAAAGUGGGCUCAGUACAAAGAGAAGUGCCUGAGAGACUUACUCAAAAAACCUUCUGGCAUAUUUUGUAAUGGAACCUUUGAUCGGUAUGUAUGCUGGCCUCAUUCUUCUCCGGGAAAUGUCUCCGUUCCCUGCCCGUCAUACUUACCUUGGUGGCAUGAAGAGGACUCAGGAAGGGCCUACCGACGCUGCUUGGCUCAGGGCACUUGGCAGACGCAGAACUCCACAGGUAUUUGGCAGGAUGACUCCGAAUGCGCUGAGAACCACAGCUUCAAAGAAAAUGUGAAACACCAUGGCUUGCUGUCCACCUUGCAGCUGCUGUAUACUGUGGGGUAUUCGCUCUCCAUUGUCUCCCUCCUCCUGGCUCUCACUGUCCUCCUGUGUCUUCGAAAACUCCACUGCACACGCUACUACAUCCACAUGAACUUGUUUGCCUCUUUUAUCCUGCGAGGCGUGGCCGUGCUGGUGAAGGACAUCAUCAUCUACAACUCUUACUCCAAGAAGCCCGACAGUGAGAAGCAGUGGCUGUCCUAUGUGUCAGAGAUCUCCACCUCCUGCCGCUCUGCCCAGGUCCUCCUGCACUACUUCGUGGGGGCCAAUUACUCCUGGUUUCUGGUGGAAGGCUUUUAUCUCCACACGCUGCUGGAGCCCACAGUGCUUUCUGGAAGGCGGCUGUGGCCCAGAUACCUGCUGGUGGGUUGGGCCUUCCCACUGCUGUUUGUUGUGCCCUGGAGUGUCGCCCGUGCAAAGCUGGAGGAUACAGGGUGCUGGGGAACAAACAAUAAUAAGCCAAUCUGGUGGAUCAUCCGAGGACCCAUGCUCCUCUGUGUAGCAGUCAAUUUCUUCUUCUUCCUGAAAAUUCUCAAGCUUCUCAUCUCUAAGCUCAAAGCCCAUCAAAUGUGCUUCAGAGACUAUAAAUACAGGUUGGCAAAAUCAACGCUGGUUCUCAUUCCUUUAUUGGGUGUUCAUGAGAUUAUCUUCUCUUUUGUCCCUGAUGAUCAAGUUCAAGGAUUUUCAAGACUUAUACGACUCUUCAUUCAGUUGACUCUGAGCUCCUUCCAUGGGCUGCUUGUGGCCUUGCAGUAUUGCUUUGUCAAUGGAGAGGUGAAGGCUGAGCUGCGGAAGCACUGGGUCCGCUUCCUGCUAGCCCACCACUCAGGCUGCAGAGCCUGGGUCCUGGAGAAGAAUUUCCGGUUCCUGGGGAAUUUUCCCAAGAAGUUCUCCAAGAGAGACAGUGCCAGGGCCCUGCAGAGGCCACAGUCCUUGCCUGGCGGUGGGCAGCUACUGCAGCUGACUGCGCAGGGCCCAGGGGAGCCAGGCACCAGGUCCCAGCGGGGCCAUGCAGCCUGGUCCUAUGGCAGCAGCCUGUCUGAAAGCAGUGAGGGAGACUUCUCUCUGGCCCACACCAUGGAGGAGAUUCUCGAAGAGAGUGAGACCUAGGCAGGCGGCAGAGCUCUGGCUCUGCCCAUUGGGGACUCCUGAGAUGGGUGGUGGAGGAGGCCAAGCCAGAUGGGUAUUGUGGGAAAUGCUCAUUACACUCCUCCUGCACUCAGUCCACUUUGCUCUGCUUGAGGUUACAUAAACACUCACCGCUUCUGCCUGCCUUUGUCAUCCUAAUAACUCCACUGGUGUUUUCUGGAAUGACCACCAGCCUCUGGGGCUGGCCCUAAAUUCAAGUGAAUGGAGCCCCAAGAUACAGAGAGAUGUCUGCUAUGAAAUAGGGCAGCCAGCCUCUCUUCCUUUAGUUUACCCCUGGUGGCACAAGGUUUCCAUGUGGGGCUGGGUGCAGGGUGUAGAAGGACCACCUGGGAAGGGUUUUACCUGCAUAGUCCUGCUCCUGGCAGGGUCUGGGAGAGUGUGUCUGGAAGGAUGGCCAGGGCUGUCAGUGGGUAAUGAGCUUCCCAGGUAGUUCUGACGCAAGCCCAAGUGUGCAGAGCUAGAACCCCGCCUAGACAGCCAAUGGCAGGGCAAGCCAGUGGUGUUCUGAAUUCUGCAGUCUGGCUGUGACAUGCCCGCCAUCCUCAGACAGAGUGUCACCCCGCUGCCCACAGAACCUGAUUCCUUUCCUUCUUCUCCCCUCCUCCUCUCCUGUCAAGUCUUUCCUUCCUCUCUCCCUCUCAGGUCUUCAGCAAAAGUUCUGUUUUAUUUGUAACAGCCCCCUCCUUCCUCUCAGGGUUGGUCCCAGUCCUGAGGGCCCCUCUGAGAGGCCCCUAUCAGUCCUUUCCUCUGCUUGUUGGCUCUGCCUGCCUUUCUCAUCUUGGCUUCCUUGAGCCUGGCUUGCCCUCCCAUUCUCUGCCAUUUUUGGUUUGCCACUGACACAUUGGUGCUCCAGCAGUUUGCCACUGCUCUCCCUGCCCCUAGUGCCCACUGACAGGAAUUGCAUGCCACAUGUGGACACGGAUGCUGAAAGCUGGAGGGCCAGGUGAAGUGAUAGGGCUGCAGUGGAUGACAUGCUGGUGGGGCAGGGGGACACUGAGAGGGCAAGGCCUGUGUGACCCGUUCUGCCCACACAGAAUCUGGGUUGUGCCCCAGACCCUGAGGAGAGGGUGCUUCUGGAGCCUGAGGAGGCCCCAGGCAAAUAGGGUCUGGCUCAGUGGCUGAAACUCUAAGGCAAGAAGUGGAAAGAAGAUGGGAGGAGAAGCAUCCUAUGGAAACAGGGUGUUGAUGCCUAGGAAUGUUGCCUGUCUAGUGUGUAAAGUGUACGUGUAUGUGGGUGGGGUGUGAUGUCAUGGGACUAAAUAGUAGUGCCUUAUGUUUAGAAGGGGGCUAUAUGUCACUUCUCAAGUGGGGUUGCCAGAUUUAACAAAUAAAAACACAUCAUGCUCCAUUAAAUUUGAAUUCCAGGUAAACAAAUAAUCUUGUAAAAGUAUAUCCCUUGGGAUAUACUUUAUCUAAAAUUCAAUUUUAAUUGUGCAUCCUGUAUUUCACCUGACAACUCUGUUUUCAAGGGUACUUUGCUGUAGGGCUGGGACUAGAGGCAAGAGAGGGUGUAUGAUUUGAGAGUACUUAAAAAAAAUCUUUGAUUGUCAAGGUUAGUAAUAUCUUAAUGUGAUAUUUUAAAAAAAUCAAAUCUGCAAACUACAGCCUAUGGGCCAUCAUACAAAUGAUGUUUCAUUGAAACCAGGGCUGGAAUGAGGGUGAGGGGAGCCAGGCCAGUUCAUGCAGGUGCAAUUUUGCUCAUUCCAAAUUUUUUAACAUUAAUUUUUAUUUUUAAACGAUUGCAUUCAAAGAUGAUUAAUGUUGAUUGCUGAGUUGUUUGUCCCCUCCCCAUUGAAUUUUGCACCUGAGGUCACUGCUCAUCUAGCCCUCACCCUAGUCCUGCCUCUGUCUUGCAAAAGGCAAAACUAAAGUAGCUUUGAAGGCAUUAGGCAAGUGCAGAACAAAGGUCUGUUUUUUGGUGUACAGGUUAUCCAUGAUUCAAUCACCAAAUCAUAUGUCCUAAUUUUUCUUCUCUGCAAAUGUCCCUGCCUUUUCUCAUGAGCCUACUAGCUCCAGGAAAUCUGGGGCCAUGUCGUAUUCCCAGCCUGUACCCAGCACAGCUGGUUCUGAGUAGGAGCCCAAUACACGUGCAUCAGAUGACAUGGACGGAAAUGUCUCAGGAGCAUCAGAUGCUGCUGGGGGUCAGGUAUCUGGAACCCUCUCACUAAUAGGAGAAGGAAAUUUUUUUUUCAUAGCUUUGUAAAUAUGUCCUUCCCCCCUUACUCCACAAAUGGGGUGGCACACACACACUGCUU